UCACUUAUAUUAAUAAAAAAUCAAAUUCGUUUUUAUUUUUUUUAAUUUAUACAUUUAAUUUAUUAAGGAUAUAAUUGAUAUAUCUAACUUUUAACGUGGAAGCUCCGUUGCUAAAAAUUACUUCGCAAAUAAUAGUAUAGAUAUUGGCCACUAUGUUGCUUUUGUUAGAUUCAAUAAUCAUUUAAAUCUAUAUACUUUAGUUAGAUUAAGGAUUUUCCACAAGAAAAAAGAAAGACUAAAAGGUCAAAUAUCUUUUCAUUUUGUUAGUCAAGAGUCAAAAACUUGUGUUAUAUCACAUGUAUAUGAUUAUCGUAAAUAAAUUGCUAGUGUGUUAAAAUAAAGCACACUUGUAAGCUUGAAAUUUUGAUUACUUACAUAACUUUUUUUUAUCAGUAGUAAAUUUGUAGAAUAAAAAUACAAUACAUAUAAAUGAACUAGUAUAAAAUAAGAAAAGAGCAAAAUUACAUAUGAAUUAGUAAUAAGUAUUUAUUAUGAUAUUAAUUAGGUUUUAAUAGAAAGUUAAAAAUAUUAACUUUGAAUUAAUCCAAUAAUAUUACUGAAGAACACGUGUAUGUAUAUGUAAUAUGAAGAAUAUAAUUAUUUUAAUGAAAAUUAUUUUUUAUAUCCAAUAUAUACAUUUCACAAGUUAAAUAAGAUUGUAAAUUUUAAUAACACCUAAUUUUAUUAUAUAAAUAAAGUAUUGCAAUCAUAGGAUAUUAAUUUUUUUUUAAUGAAUAUAGUCAUAAAUAGUAAUAAUUGAGUUGAUACUUUUUAUUACACUCACAAACUGGAGCACACUGGGACAACUAAGUUUAAUUGUAGUGAAUGCAAUUAUUGAAAUUUUGUUUUAACAAAAGUUAAUAAUUAUAGUUAUUUAUAAUAUACUAUUUUUGGUCAAACUGGUUUUUUAUUUUUUAUUUUCUUAUUAAUCAUCAUUUCUAAAUGCCAAAGACAUUUUGUACAGUUUAAUUAGAUUAUUUUCCUUAAACUGUAGUUAUGCCAAUUAAACCAUUUGUGCAGUAUUUAAAAUAUAUAUCUCACACUUCUAAUCAUAUUUAACAAAUUAUAUCAGAUCAUACAUUUUGAAUAGUUAAAUUAUGACACUAAAUAAUGUGAUUGAAAAAAAUUAGUAAUAUUUUUUGUUUAAAGUAUAACCUUCAAGGUAGAAAAAAGAAUAAGAAAUAGUGAAUGUUUUAGGUGUUUAAAAACAAAUAUAUACGAUUUAAAUGAAGUAACAAUUUUUUUUAAAUGGUUUCGAAUUAUAAUUUUCUUUAACUUCUUUUUAAAUGGUGUAGAACUAUAAUUACCCAAAUAUUCUUAACCAUUUUUUUUAAAACCAUGAUUUUAAAUUUUUUGAUAUUAUACUUCUAUGAAAAUUAAGUGAAUUUAAUACGAUUUUUAACAAAUUUUUAAAAAAUACAUAUUAUUUUUUAUUUUAUGACCAAAAUGCUAAAUACGUAAAAGUUAAAAUAAAAAUAAUAAUAUUUUAUUAUUUCAUAUACUUACAAUAGCUAAUUAACGGUGGUCAAAAUUACAAUGGAUAAGUUUGAACAGUGAUUCCAAUAUCUAAAACUAAUUUUCAAUAAUUAAUACCGAACGGUUACAGAGUUGAAACGUAUUAAAAAAUAAUUAAUGUAUUAAAAAGUCCUUUAAUGAAAAGGUGAAAUGGACUAUGGCUUAGACCAAAAAAAAAGAAAUGGACUAUGGCUAUAUAUAUUGAGAUAUUGCAAGAGGCACUUCAAAUUAUUAAAGAGCAGAGCAACAGAGAAAGAGAGAGAUAGCAUUGUUUGAGCCUUUGAGAAUAAGCAAAAGCAAACCCUGAGAAGAUGUCUUCAUCGUACAACAACACAAUUUCAUCAUCCUCCACUCAGUCUUUCCCAAUCUUAGCCAUCGGAGCAAACAACUUUAACCGUGAAGAGACGGCGAUGACAAUGAAUCAACGGCCCAACUCCGUUUCUCCACCACCCAGGAGACUAAGAAACAAACCAGGAAACCCAAGUCCAGAUGCUGAAGUGAUAGCCUUGUCUCCAGAGGAGAUAAUGGCGACUAACAGGUUCCAAUGUGAAGUAUGCCAAAAAGGAUUUCAAAGAGAGCAGAAUCUCCAGCUUCACAGGAGAGGACACAACCUUCCAUUUAACCUGAAACAAAAGUCUGACGAACAAGUAAGGAGGAAGGUGUAUGUUUGUCCGGAGCCCACGUGCGUCUACCAUGAUCCGUCACGUGCUCUCGGAGACCUCACAGGAAUCAAGAAGCAUUAUUACCGGAAGCACGGUGAUGAGAAGAAGUUUAAAUGCGAGAAAUGCAAUAAGUUUUACGCUGUAGAAUCUGAUUGCAAAGCCCACUUUAAGAAUUGUGGCACCAAAGAGUAUCGAUGUGUUUGUGGUACCAAAUUCUCAAGAAGCGACAGUUACGAGACGCAUAGGGCAUUCUGUGAGGCAUUAGCACAAGAGUCAGCAGGAAACCCUAACUUGAGCUUCACGGAAAUGUUAGCAGCCGCUGGUGGAAGUGAUGGCAGUAGCAGACAUGGAUUAUACGGCGGUGCUUCUUCUGGCCUCUCUCACAACCAUUUUGGUGACAACUCAAACUCUGGUUUUGCCCCUCCAGCCGCAGGUUUUAAUCUGAACCGUUCAUCGUCCCCAAAGUUUGAAGACUUUUUUCCUCAGUCCACAAACCCUAACCAUGGCCCUACUACUAAUUUCCCCAUGCAAUACCCUUCGAACCAAGGACUAUUGGCACGGAACGACCAGAAUCUCAUGAACCAGCACGGUCUCAUCAACAGCAACAACAACAAUAACAACUUGUUCAAUCCCGGAUACUUUCAAGCCAACACUCAGAACCUCUCUGAUCAGACAGGUGGUCCUCCUCUUUUCCACCAUGCUGACAACAACGUUCCUUCUGCUCUGCUUAGAGGGUCAAGUAUGGCCGCUAAUAACUUUGGAGGCAGUGGUAAUGCAAACUCUCAAGGUCAAAUGAACUCUCUUGCUGCGACAAGUGGUCAUCAAGGCCGGCCCGGUAGCAGCAUUUUCGACCAUCGUUUGGGAAACAAUCUAAGCAUCGGAGGCCCUGAUAGGCGGACUUUGGACUUUCUUGGCGUUAACGGUCGUGGUGGCCGUAAUGAACCUCCUUUGGACCUUGACAUGAAGUUUUCAGAUCCAAAUAAUCCAUUCGGAAAUGUUUGAGAAGAUCGUACACCUCCUAUGUUCUUGCUUUGCUCCUUGGAGAUUUUAUUUUUAAGCCUUUAUAAUUAUCUAUUAAUUAAAAAAAUAUCUAUAAGUAAAGAAAAAAAAUAUCUAUGAGAAAAAAAAACUAUAUAUAACUAUUUCUUUAAAUUGUUACUAAUGAUGUAAUGGAAAUCUCGAACCAAAGUUUCUUUGGUAAAAUUUGGUUUCUUCAACCUGUUGAGUCAAUCCCCGUUAAUAUAUAUUUUUAUUGGAAAAUAACUAUAUUAUUUGCUCUUAUUCUACGCCAACAAAAACAAACAGUGGUCAAGAUUAGAUCCUGCUAACAAAACACUUUGAAAUGCUUGUUUCUUAAAGCCUGGAAACAAAUAACCAGAAAACGUUAGUGGCUUUGCAAUAAUUUACUUCACUGAAGAACUACCUUACUAGCAACCAUGCAAACGUCUAAUAUAUGAAUUGUUGCAUGCUCAGAAUAACCAAUCUACAUGAUCGAGUUACAUCAUUGGGUUUUCAACCUGCAAUUCCUAUAUCUAAGGUUUUCGAUAAAGCUAAUUCAUAACGAGAAACUACACAAUACUGUUAGUGUCAGAGAUUACUCUUCCUCUAAUCGAAAAAAUAAAAACAAAUGGUCAAUAUCUCAAAAUAGAUGUAGAUCCCACUAACAGAAAACGUUGAAAUGCUUGGUUCUUAAAGCCUGGAAAUAUUGACCAUAUAUUUUAUUAUAAUAGAUUCUACAAAUAUAUGAGCAUGAAAAUAUAUUUUUAUAUACACUGCUUUUCAGGAAAAAAAAAGUUCACAAAAAAUUUGAAAUUGAAAAUAAAUAAUCAUCCCUUUAAACUAUUAUUUUAAACAACAUAGUAUAUAUAAGUAUAUGGAAAUUAUUAAACUAUUUUUUUAGGGGGAAGUUUUAUGUUUAUCACAUUGUUGGUAUCAUUAUUUAUUUUUACCAUCAAUAAACAGACAUUUCAAAAUAUUUUAUUCAUUAAGAGGCAAACGACUCUUAUAAUCUUAUUUUUUAUAUAUAUAUAUAUAUAAUAAAUAUUUUUUUCGAAUUUUUUUGUCAAGUUUUCUUUUUUGGAAUUCGAAAAUUAUUUUAGAAAUAUUUUUAAAAUCUUUAAAAAAACGAACAAACUAAAAAAACCUCUCUCCUUAAUCUCUCCACCUUCUCUCUAAAAUUUCUUCAAAAUAUUUUUAAAAUCUUAAAAAAAAAGAACAAACUAAAAAACACCUCUCCUUAAUCUCUCCACAUUCUCUCUAAAAUUUCUUCAAAACUUCAUCUUCGUUCACCAGCUCCGGCUGCUUCCUCAGAGCCGGAGUUGGGUUUCGUUUUUAGUUUUAUGUUUUUUUUUGCUUUUGAUUUUCAUCGGGUGGUUUGCAUGUUGAUUUUGAUGGUGAUAAGCUCAACCUUCAGAUCUGUCCUUGAUCUGUUUUGUGUUAGCUUGCGUUGAGGUUCUGGAUCUGCAAGAACUACGGUGGAGGUUGGUCUUAAGUUGCAUGUAUCCCAUCUCCUUUGCUGAUGUCUUUGCCUGCUCUCCGUUUCGAUCAUUCAUCCGGUUACUUCUCAAUCUGAUGUUUGAAUGGUUUAUGGUGAUUCGCUCCCUGUCUACAACUCAGAGGUCUGAUCGAGUCCUCGUCUCUCACUUGCUUCAUCAAAGGCAUCUCCUUGUCACUCCUUCAUCGAGUCUGACUCUGCCGUUUCGGGUAAAAAAAAGAAUGAUGUGUCCGGUUAAAGCUUAGGUUCUUUAGUUAACUUGUUAUGCUUAUUCACUUUGGGAGGUCUCAUGUUCUUCUUCAAAUUUGCGCUUGGAGUGUAGUGUUUAUCAGUUUGGAACUUUCUUCGCCUUAGUGUUAGCUUACUUUUAUUCUUGCUUUAGCUUUGAACCUCUUAAUCACCAUGUAAGUUUUAUCUAGUUUGUGUUAAUCUCUUUCUCUUGGUGAGGGCUUUGUUUCUAGAGAACAUGUUUCUGCCGGCCUAAAAUUCAGGGAAAUCCUUUAUUUCCGCCAGGGUUGAUAUUGAUCAUUGUACCUGCUGUAAAACACUCUAUUUAAUAUAAUCAUCUUUAGUUUUU